GGCUGUUGGAUCUUACAUAUGCAGGAGUCUGUCUCUUGAUCUCUCCUUGUUCUUUUUCUUCUCCACUUGUUGUCCUCGAAUGCCAUCGCCAAAACACCAUGUCCCUCACCAUUCCUCGACCUCCCGGCCUACCCCUUCUGGGCAACAUCUUCGACGUUGACCCUAGCAAUACCUGGGGCUCACUGAAGAAGCUGUCAGAGAGGUACGGAGAGAUAUUCCAAAUCAACGUCCUCGGCCAUACCGUCGUCUUCGUUGCCGGUGCCGCCCUUGCCGAGGAAUUAUGCGACGAAAAGCGUUUUCGCAAGUAUGUGGGCGGGCCAAUCGUCGAGAUUAGAUUUGCCGUGCACGAUGCCCUCUUCACGGCGUUCGACCACGAAGAGAGCUGGGGCAUCGCCCAUCGCAUUAUUGCACCGAAACUUACGCCCCAGUCCCUCGCAGGGCACUUUGGCGAGAUACGUGACACUGCCAUUGAGCUCAUCGAGAAAUGGAAGGGCCUCGGCGCCGACAACAAGGUGGUGUCUGCGGUCGGGGAGCUGAACAGGCUGAACCUUGAGGCGACGACCCUGACGCUCUUCGGCAAGAAGCUGAACUGCCUCAGCGGCCCCGCACACCCCAUGCUGAAGGGAAUGGAAGAUGCGACGUCGGAAGCCAUGAAGCGCCCGACGCGACCGGGGUUCCUCAACUGGCUUGUGUACGGGGGCAAGUUCAAAACGGCGACGCAAACGAUGCGGAGCUACGCGGCCGACAUUGUGGAGCACCGCAAGGCGAACCCGACGGACCGUCAAGACCUGCUCGCUACCAUGGUCAACGCCCGCGAUCCCGAGACCGGCAAGGCCCUGACCGACUCGCAGGUCAUCGACGAGAUCGUCACCAUGCCUAUCGGCAGCAGCACCGCGCCCGCCCUGAUCGCCACCGCCAUCUACUUCCUCCUGAAGAACCCGCACGUCAUCACGGCGGCGCGCGACGAGAUCGACUCCAUAGUGGGCGCCGGCGAGCUGACCCACGCCCACCUGCAGCAGCUCAGCUACGUCGAGGGCAUCGUGCGCGAGUCGCUCCGGCUCUCCUUCGUGGCGCCGGGCUUCAACAUCGAGCCGAUCCCGAGCAGGGGCAAGGAGCCGGUGCUGCUGGGCGGCGGGAAGUACCAGAUCGCGCACGACCAGGCCGUCAUCAUCGUUCUCGCGGGGGUGAAUCGCGACCCAACCGUCUUCGAGGAGCCACUUGCCUUCAGGCCAGAGCGGAUGAUGGCCAGGUCGUUCGAGAACCUGCCCGCGGGGGUGAAGAAGUGGUUCGGGAACGGGAAGAGGGAGUGCAUUGGGAAGCACUACGCCUGGCAGUGGAGUAUGGCGGUGUUGGUGAUGCUGCUCAGGGAGGUGGACUUUGAGAUGGUGGACCCAAGCUACAAUCUGGAGCAAGAUGGAUGGUUCAACCUGAGGCCGGUUGGCUUCUUCGUCAAGGUCAAGCCGAGAGCGAGAUGACGGGAUGCAAUUGGAAGGCCGCUCGCUUGGCCGCAGAUCAGUGGUUAAGUCUCAUUAGAUAUACUGCAUCUCAACCUCCCUACCUAAGUACACAACCGAGA